UGCACGCAACAACCGCUGUAGAAAAAAUGCACAUGGGAAAAAAGCAUUUUGAAAUCUGCCGUGGAAAUCUAUGGCGGAAGAGGUCGUCGCUUGCUUGCACUUGCGCACUUCUAAGUAUGAACCGGCUAACGUUUCCUCAGCAGCAGUGAACAUGGAAGACGCUUAAACUCAAUAGUUAAAAACAAUCCGGCUGAUCACGUUCUGCAUCCCUUUUCAGUGUGCACUAACCGGGCAGGGUUCUGAAUAACAUGUGUGAUCGUAACGAUUAAUUUAGCUAUGAUGAUUUGAAUUGACUUUAGUUGACGGUCGAUCAUAAGUAACUGACUUGUUUUCAGUUUCAUCUUCACAGAAGUGAUUCCUAAUCUGGCCAUUCCGGCUAUAGAAGCUAAUUAAAAGCAUGCUAACGGGCUGACUAAAGUUAGAAGCUGGAAUCUGGAUCGAUAACAGGCUAUAACAAAAGCAACUUGCUAGGUUACUGUCACUGCCACCGGUCUCUAUCGUUAUGUUAGUUAUUUCAUCUGGAAGAAAUGGCAUCUAGGUUGAAUGUUUUUAAAGUCGGAUGGCAGGUCGUAAAAUCUGUCAGUUUUGGACAAAGGAUUCCACGCAGAUGCUUGUCAUCAACAAUUCCACGUCGUCAUAAUCAUGGUCAGCCGUUGUUUGGGUUGCUGUUUGAUAUUGAUGGGGUUUUGGUCCGUGGAAGGACACCUAUUCCUGCUGCUAAACAGUGCUUCCAGAACCUGGUGGACAGGAAUGGCAAGUACAAAGUUCCUGUUGUCUUUGUGACCAACGCUGGGAACUGCAUGAGGCAGGCUAAGGCUGAGCAGCUGUCUCAUCUGCUGGAGGUAGAGGUUUCUCCAGACCAGGUUAUGGUGUCGCACAGUCCCUUGCGAGUCUUUAGUCAGUUCCACAACAUGUGUGUGCUGGUGUCAGGCCAAGGCCCAGUGCUGGAAGUGGCCCAGAAUCUUGGGUUCCAGAAUGUAGUUACCGUUGAUAUGCUGCGGGAAGCCUAUCCGCUCCUGGAUGUUGUGGACCACCAUCGCCGACCCAAAGACACGGUGCUUCAAACCAAGCACUUGCCUCCCAUUGAAGCGGUGAUUCUUUUUGGGGAGCCAAUCAGAUGGGAGACCAACCUACAACUUAUUGUGGAUGUGCUUUUGACCAACGGGAAACCAGGGAACUCUGUGACAUCACUGAACUACCCUCACAUUCCUGUGCUGGCUUGUAACAUGGACCUCAUGUGGAUGGCCGAGGCCAAGAACCCCAGGUUUGGUCAUGGAAUGUUCCUUGUGUGUCUGGAGAGCAUCUAUAAGAAGAUCACAGGGUGCAAACUGAAGUAUGAAGCUCUGAUUGGAAAGCCAAGCGUGGUCACGUACAACUAUGCCGAGCUGCUGGUCCGGCAGCAGGCAGAGAGUCUGGGCUGGGCAGAGCCAGUUGAAAGAUUGUACGCCAUUGGGGACAACCCUAUGGCAGAUAUCUAUGGUGCCAACCUGUACAACCAGUACCUCCAGGCAUCGCGACAGACCCAGACGCAGGCUCAGAUGAAGGGUGGCCUGGGUCAGGCUGGAGGGGUGCCGAAACAAAAGGCCGUGGGGGAGGUAGAGGUGACUGAAUAUUUGAGUGCCAGUGUCCUGCGUGGGGAAGGGUGUCUGCCCAAAGCUUGUCUCUCCAUCCUGGUGUGUACCGGCGUCUACAACCGGGACCAGCAGGACCUGCCGCCAGACCCUAUGCACACGGUGACGGAGCGCAUAUUCCACGGCCACCGUGACUUCCGCUUCGACCCCAGCCUCACGCAGCCCUCCUUCAUAGUGCAGGACGUCCGCGAGGCCGUGGAGCUGGUCUUUCAGCAGGAGGACUGUCCUCUGGAGUAGAGUCCCAGACCCAGCACUCCCCAAUCGCAGAGCUCUGCAUCACAGGCUGUCUUACUACCUGCCACUGUGCUGAAUCCCAAGUCCCCUACAUCACCCUCACAAACAUCUUUAAAUCUGACGGCGUCUUGGUUUUGUGUGCUGGGAUGCCAGAUACUUCUGACCGCUGUCUUUUUUUAUGUGCUUUUAUUUUCGGUGCCUUGCUUACAUUUUAUCAGCACUUUUCUUAUGAUUUCAGUAUAUUUUAAACCAGUAUUUCUUGUGCCUGCCUUUUUUCUGGUCAAGGUCAAGUGCACAGCUGCCUCUCGCAUCAGGUGAGUUUCAGCUGCCUUCUCCCUUGUAGGCUCACCUUCCUUAGCAGGACCUUGGGAGGGAUGAAACGUUUUAACUGCCUGUUCCCUUCCAGCAGGUCUACAAAUGUACGGACUUCAUAUCGAGGUCAAAGCUAAUUACUCAUAAUACCCAGAUCAAUUUGCACUGUCGGGGGAGACAGCAUGGUGGGCACUUGUUAAAUAUAAAUAUGAACAGUAGAUAAUUGAUAAUUGUGUCUUCGGUACAUUUUUUUGCUUAAAUGUACAUUAAUUUUUCAACCAUAGUAAUUUGCAAAAUUAUGGAAAGAAAUUACUUGGCUGGACUAAAUACAGAUAAUGCAUGUUCAACAACUGUCAUAACUUGUAUAGUAAUGUCAAUGAGCUAACAGCUUGCUCCAUAAAUAGAAAUUGAAAUAGGUUUAUCAAUGUGUGGAAUGGCAGACUAACUUGACAUUUAGUUAAUAUCGGUUUUCUUUGUUUAGUUUUUUCUGUGUUUUGAGUGACAGAAAGCCGUAUUUGGUGCUUGUCUAGGUGCUAGGUGCUUAACAAAUAGAUUAUUAUACGUUAUUGUCGUUCUCGAUGUGAGGAAAGGCAAAUCGGCAGGACUGGGAAUGUGUGUCCCAGGGUGAUGGUUUUUAACUUCCUGCAAUAUUCUACUCACUGCCAAUAAUGCUGGUAAAACCUCAGGCUUUGGGGGGUGGGGUCCUCUUAUGAAUGAAAUUGAUCUUUAGACCUCAUGUAUUUUAAAGUGGACACAUUGAUUUUAGAGUCUCAGUACCACCAAACCACAGUAUAGAUCGGAUCCCUAUCAGUCCUGCUGUGUCAGGGUAAGGUCCUGUGGUGUUAUUUUUCCUACUGAUGGUACCCGACCUUUUUACUGAAAAAUCAUUUUUGGAAUCCAGGUAUAUGCACUUAUCGGUGCAGUCAGCUCCAUGUCACCUAGUAAGAAUUGAUUAAAUGAAUGUGACAUCACAGAAGAUUAGUCCAUAAGUCAGGGACCCUGCCCCCUGUCCUUGAAAAGGAUCAGACUUAGUUUAUUUGCAAAUACAUAUGGAACCUUUCACAUGCAGAGAAAAACAUUUCAGGUUUGGAAAGUAUGUAAUAUUCAUGUUACUGCAAUUUAACAGUUGCAUGUCAUUUCAAAAGGGACAUGAUUCAAGGUGAAAUUGGUGAAGGGAUAUUUAUGAUGUUAAAUGUUGCUUGAGUGGGGCCUUUUAUAGUUUGUAAUACUUCAUUUGUUUCUAUAUUCAUUAUGGUGUUGUGUUUUACUUUGUUGGCAGCCUCCAAGGAUAUGUUUACCCGAGGUAGCUUUUAAUAUCACUUUAAAUUUGAGGCAUGAAAUGAUGGUGUAGUUGUGGUUUAAGAGUCUAGCACAUUAUUGAACAAGCUGUGUCUAUGGUUGUCAAAGACAAACUCUUCCAGGUUUAACCAAAACAAAUAUUAUGAACAAAACCAUGAAUGCAAAAAAAGAACUUUCUCUGCAAGCACUGGGUUUUAUCUGUAUUGAUAUUUUAUUAAAUACAUUUUAGGAGAAAUUGUGAGAGAGACUUGCUUUACAUUUCCUCCUAGCGUGGCUCUGCCUUUGGGAAGUGCAAAUAUGUGUUAUGAAGGGCAGUCCUGGGUUAAAUAUGUGUUUUAAAUACUUUUAAAUGGGAUGCUGAUAAAAUUGAAAACACUCCUGCAGACCCGAUACAGAGAAUGUUACCAAAACGUACAAACUUAGGAAAGAUUUUCCGAGUACUAGUGAAAGCAGAUGUUUCUUUUACAUUCUUUAGUAAUCUGUAGGAAUUAAUUUGUUUGUGGGCUAAAUAUCUCAUAUUAAAAUUUCAUAAUUAUCUGACCUAGGUUGAAUGGAGGGAUGAUGUUUCAUUGGUAUCCUGUCAGAAAUACUUUUCAUAUUCCCAUACCAUUGUUUUACAAAGUAAUGGUACAAAAAUAAAAUUGAUUUAUAAAAUCCGA